CGGUGAUAAGAACACGCGGCUCUUCGAGAGGCCGUAUGCAAGAGUCACGUAUAUAACCCCCGCGCACGCAUCUCGAUCCAGUCUUUCCAAUCCUGUUGGACCUACUUAACCCCGCCGUCGCUACUGCAUCCUCGAUCCUCCAGGUCCCGAAGCAUCACUGCCUCAGGUAUCCACCGGCAUCCAAGCCGGAUAGGACCGAAAGCUUGCAACCCGUUGCCGUCAUUCAGACUGAGCCGAACGCCACCUCGUACAUCAAGCGUCUUCUCACCUGCUUCAUAUCAGCCAGAUCUAUCCUUUCAGCCAUGCCAUCCUACCUCAGGCAGAGUCAGAGCUCGAGGUCUUACUCCUUCCCUCCAUGCCUCGACAGCCUGGACUACUCUUCACAGUCUGAGAAUGAACUACCCGACAUUGAUGAGGAGCCCUUCGCGCACUUUCUAACCCCACUCACGGACGAGGACGAUCCCUACGGCCCACUGUCGUUGAGUGCAGGCAUCUUCGCUCCCAACACGCCUCGCACAUCCAAAGCCUCAAAAUUCAAGUCCAACGUGGCCGACAAGUGGGCUCGCUAUGUUAAGGGCAAUCACACACAGCUGCAUAGCCGUUACCAUGUCCCUCAGCUCCAGACUCUGGACGAGGACGAUGAGUCCUUCAUGCAGCUGGAGGACGAUCGCCUCAACGACACACCACACAUGGUCACGCAUAUCGCAACACCCAGGAUCACCAUCACCGAGCCCACUCGCGGCCGUGCACAAGAGCUUCUCACUCGGCGGUCGCGCCGGCGGUACUCGAGAACUCUCUCAGGCCAUCGCCACUCGUGGAGGGAGCCGAGUCCAGACUUGUUCACCGUAGACGAGUCAGAAUCAGAGGAGGACGACAUGCCAGUCCUCCGUCGCACCAAAACAAAGAAAAGCAGAGACAGCCUCGGAGGACGACGGUCUUCGCGAUCACGCGUCCGCUCCGAGAUUGCGGAAAAGUCCAGACUGUGAUCAUGGGACGCACACAAGAGGGGGCAAGAAUGUGACACAACAGGGCGUUUGGAGGGCACGAGUUGGGAUAUCAUUUGCAUUGGGCGGCGUGUCGGCGCGCACUUGAUUUUAUUGUGGCAUUUCUACGGCGUUGGUGGCUUCGCAUUCGCAUACUGAGCAUUUCUGGCGGCACGUUUGACUUUGGCUAUUUCUAGGUUGCAUUCGUGCAUUGCAUCGAGCGGCGUUGGGGAGUGAGCAUUUUACAUAUCUUG